GAAAAAUACAGAAUAUCUAUUUAAUGAGUGCUAUUAAUUGUUCACUAUAAGCAUACAACAAACGCUAUCCGUUGACGCAGGCGCAGCUUGUGGAUGACAGAAGAUUGUCCCUCGGCACAUGCCGUACGUCAUUCCAUAAUCUUAGAAAAGUUAGCAUCUAGUAACUACAAUCGUAAGGUUGGUGAAAGUCGUUCUUUUAUCUUCCUAUCUUUAAUGCUUUGAACACUUUAAUUUGUUUCUCUACACCUGACAACAUGGUCAACGUACACAAAGGUGUCCUUGUUGAAUGCGACCCCGCCAUGAAACAGUUCCUCCUCUACCUGGAUGAGAAGAUGGCCCUGGGGAAGAAGUUUAUCCUCAAGGAUCUUGACGACACACAUGUCUUCAUCCUGGCGGAGGUGGUUCAGAUCCUGCAGGAGAGAGUUGGCGAGUUAAUGGACCAGAAUUCAUUCCCCAUCACGCAGAAAUAACACACAGAACUCUCUCUUCUUAGACACCGGACUGUUUCAGAAUUUAUGCCUUUAAAUAAACAUGGUCUGCAUUGUUUUAACUGCAGACAGAAAAGGAUAAAAUGUUAAUCAUUUUGUGCAUUAAGUUACAAAGGCACAUUGUGCUCCUUGGUACAAUUUUGGUUGUACAGUAUUUUUCUUUUUUCUUUUAGUGCAGUGUUGUUUUUUUAUUUCUUUUAAAUGUGUCAAUUAUGAAAUAUGUUAAUACAUCUCACUGUUUGUUUCUUGGUCUUGAUCUAAAUUACCGUUUUGUGCUGAGCAAACAGCAUAUUGUCAACUUGUUUGCCGAAAAUAUCUGCCCACAGUUUUAUAUGAAGGGCUGAUUAAAAGCGGUGAGAAUCAGAGAACAAAAUAAAGCUCUAGAAAGAGA